CUUGGUAUUUUCGUCAAGCUGCAUUACAUAAAGCUAUUCACGGACUGCAAUACUGGAAAUUUGCAUGGAGUAAUCAAUUCAUGGAAGUAUUUAUACAGAUUAGAAAUGAGCUGUAAAACAAAUGUGUGGAAUAUAAAAGACCGUAUAAGCUCCUGUCAAGGACUAUAGCUAGUAGAAUCUUUCUCGCUUCGAACACCGAGUUGCUGACAUUCUUGUCACAGACAUCUGAGACCUAAAAUGGAUAAUACGUCGGUCCCAACAUAUCACGUCGUCAUGGACAUCGACUGUACCAGUCAUCCUAUUAUGGUCGAUCCUGAAAAAGACCCAUAUGUGAACAUCAAGCAGAGAUUGUAUAGAACUUCCUCGUUCUACAAAGACUUCAAACAACCUGAUACUGAACCUGCUACAGUCAUGGGAAAAUGCAAAGAGGAAGUUUCUAGCAUGUGCGCGUGCACCAAAGAGAGACGGAAAAAGUUUCUUUAUAAAUUGUUCCCUUUUAUCAAGAUGUACCAAAAAUACAACUGGAAAGUAGAUCUUCCGAGUGACAUCAUAGCUGGUUUUACCGUUGGAAUCAUGCAGCUUCCACAAAGUAUGGCUUACUCGAUGCUGGCUGACCUUCCUCCAGUAGUGGGCCUGUACAUGUCCUUCUUUCCUGUCCUCAUCUAUUUCUUCUUCGGAACAUCAAGGCAUAUAUCAAUGGGAACUGUUGCUGUGGUCAGUUUGAUGACGGGGUCAGUCUUGUCCAGACUCGGACCGCAGUACACCGAGUCGAUGCCAGGAGGAAGUAGAUGGGCGGUAAAUGGAACUGAAACGUUUUUCGGCAAUUUCAGUUUGAACAUGUCGACGACAACGCCGGAAGCUCCCCCCACGCACUUACUGUCUAGGCACGAAGUAGACAUGCAGAGAAUAGCCAUAGUGUCCUCCUUCUGUAUCCUGGUGGGGAUCAUACAAGUUAUAUUUGGGGCGUGCAGGUUAGGGUUUGUGACCACCUACAUGUCCGACCCCCUUGUCAGUGGGUUUACGACUGGAGCGGCAGUCCACGUCUUUACCAGUCAAGUCAAGUAUAUUUUCGGGCUGGACAUUCCACGAUUUGGAAAUCUCUUCCAAAUUGUAUUUACAUAUCAGGCCAUAUUCAGCAAAAUCCACGAGGCCCAGUUGGCCACUGUUUUAACUUCAGCAGUAUGUAUAGUGGUGAUAUAUCUAGUCAAAGUUCAGAUCAACCAAAGAUUCAAGGAUAAACUGAAGAUUCCCCUCCCUAUCGAGUUGUUAGCGGUUAUCACCGGGACGGCUGUUUCACAUUUUGCCAAAUUCAAGACCAACUACGACAUGAAAGUCGUUGGAGAAAUUCCUGCUGGUUUGCCUGAGCCGAUCCUGCCCACGUUUACGGGUAUGGGUGAAUACUUCAGUGACGCAGUGAUAGUGGCAAUUGUCGCGUUUGCCCAGUCUGUAUCACUGGCAGCUCUGAUGGCCAAAAAACAUGGAUACGUCAUAGACGCCAAUCAGGAGUUUAUAGCGUACGGCUUUGGUAACAUCUUUGGUUCGUUUUUCUCCUGUUAUCCAUUCGCUGCCUCUGUUUCCCGAAGUUCAGUGCAAGAUUCGGCAGGAGGGAGAUCGCAGAUAACGAGCUUGUUUUCGGCGGCGCUGGUGCUUGUUGUUAUCCUUAUCAUCGGACCUCUGUUUGAAUCUCUCCCUAACUGUGUUUUGUCUUCCAUCAUUGUUGUUGCCUUGAGAAGUAUGUUCCUACAGAUCUUUGAACUCAAGAAGCUGUGGAAAGUUUCUGGUUUUGAUUGUAUGAUCUGGAUUGUGACGUUCCUGGCAGUAGUCAUACUUUAUGUGGACCUCGGACUAUGGAUUGGACUCAUCUUUUCGUUCUUCACUGUAGUACUCCGUACACAGAGGGCCAAAGCCGUCACACUUCAACGCAUAUCAGACGUUGACAUUUAUGCUGAUGACAAGAAGUAUAUGAAGACACGACAGAAUCCCGGUGUCCGAGUUAUCGCCUUUAACUCCCCACUUUACUAUGCCAAUGGGGAUAUAUUUCUCCGCCAAGUUUUCACUAUUUCCGGUAUGAAACCACAGAGAGUUCGAAAAGAAAUAAAACGGUUCGGUUCAGUUGCGGAAUUUAGGCGCAAUACCGCCCGACUACAAAUUUCUCGUAAAGAUGUCACCUCAAACCAGGCACAUGACGGAAUGUCCAAUGGCAAUAGCGACAAGGAUAAGAACGAUAACUCUUCCACCUUGGUACAUCACAUUGUUUUGGACUUUUCUUCAGUGUGCUUCGUGGAUUCGGUCGGAUGUAAAGUCCUAAACCAGCUCUUCAAUGAUUAUAGGUCCAUUGGAGUCAAAGUUUUUCUGGCAUGUGUCAGUGAUGAUGUUUGGGCGGUGUUAAAAACGACCGGAUUUCUGGAGAAGUAUGAGAAAAAUGUUUACAUGUCUGUAAACGACGCUGUCAUAGUGGCUUUAUCAGAGGGAGAAACACAUCACGAGGAGUUUUACAAUAUUAUCAACAGUUGGUAUCGCGCAUAUGUAGACCAUUACAACGAAACAAAAGAGAAAAUGUCAACGAUACAUCACAAGGAGACAGAUGUUGAGCAGUGAAUACUUCCGUCACUAAACUUAUCGUUAGACACUGACUUUACAACACAAGGCUUUACAUUCGGCUAAUCCGAAACAAGAAUAACACAACGAUCUUUUUAAAAAAAGGUUAUAUACCAUUUUCAUACCAAAAGUUAUAAAAUGAAAUGUGCUAUAUGUAAUUCCAGGAACCGGCAGUGAGGAAAUAUUUACCGUAAUAAACACUAUUUUUUGCAAGGGCCCAGUGAAUGGUGUGUCUAUUACACAGCGAGCGUCUCGGAAUUAAACCUAUCACUCAUGGUUCUUUACUUUGAAAUUAUGUCACAACUGUGUUUGACAGUGUAAAAGAUCAAUAUCGCUAAUAUAUCACCAUCGUCGUUUUUAUGUUUCAGCUUUUGAAUAGGGACAGGUGAAUGGUAAAUACUUAUAGACGACUUUAGGAAUGGUUGCCAUUAAAUCAGCGUUAGUAGAUAUACAUUUACAAAUAGACAUAUGUAAAACGACACGGUUAUUGUCCAACAAAUCACACCAUGUAGUAUAUCACACUAAUAUUGGUAUUAAUGAAAUAUUUGUUUUAUCUUAUCUAGUCAUUGUUGUAUCAACAAUUUAUUUUGCGCAACUUAGGAAAACAGCGAAGGAUACCUUUGGUAUCUGUACACCUGAAAAUAUUGGAGCCCAGGGCAUGUUACUUAGUACUGAGAUUAAAUCGUCUUGAUAUCGUAUGUGGACUAGUUAUGUAUAUAUAUAUUAUUUUUUUUUUUCUGUUUUUUUCCCUUUUAUUUUUUUUUCUUUUCAUUUGUAAAUAAUUUUUUUAAAUCCACAAUUAUCAACCCUAUGGAUUAAAGUUAAAAUACUAGCAUUGAAUUAUAGAAUAAUAUAAUUCAGAAUAUUAAAAUGAACUGUGUUUGUGCUUCCGUAGACCGUAGAAGGGACGUUAUAGGCUAUACACACAUGUAGUUGGUUUAUUCCGACUGAUUUUCUAAACAUUCUGUAUAUAUUCUAAUUAUAAAUCUAUCAAUUGUUGGUGCCAGUUAACGAUUCGCCAUGUUUUCCCUUUGUAUUUGUAUUUUUAAAUGAAUUAUGAUGAAUUCGAAAUAUGAAUAAUGUAUUAAGUAACUGUAUAAUAUGUAUAUGAUACCAUUGAAUGUUAUCGUUAUAAUCCUGCAUAUAUCAAGAAUAUAUUGGGACAAAAUCAAUCCUUUGAAUAAAAGACAAAUAUCGUG